AUGGCGUGCGGGCUUCUCCUUUUUGCUGUAUUCCUCGGUUGCCUGCCAUCCGUCGGCGGCACGGCAACCGUCCCCGUCAGCCGCACCGUCGUCCGCGGCCGCCACAUCCUCACGAGGAAGGAGUACCUCGACACCUUUGCUGGCGACACGGCUGGGUGGGCACAAUACAUGGAGGACCAGUACUUUGCCGAGCAGGGCGUGUCCCUCACGGCCGACGCCGAGGAGCGAGUCAGCAACAAGCCAGGGGAGACGCUCGGUCAGGCGAAGAGCCGGCUCUUCUUCAAUCGCGUCCGCAAACCAAACAUGCAUCCAACCGAGCUCAGCCAGGCCGCAAACCAGUCCCGAGUGCAGAGGAAGCGAGAGAGCCCUGAGCAGCGCGACAAGGGAAAGCGAGACGACCGCACACGGCGGCAGACCAAAAGGGCGAGGCAGGCUGCCGCUCGCCCCGCCCGCCGCGCCUCCGAAAUACUCAAUGGCUCGCUGCUGGUCGAGGGGAGCGACGUUGGCAAGCUCGCUCUCACAAAGGAAGAGCAGAGCACCUCCACCACGUGCGCUGGCUGUGGCGCCGAGCUGCUUCCAGGCGAGGUCACCUCGUCCAACCCUACUUACGGCUCCAUAUGCUGCAAGAAGAACAAGGUCUCGCUCCCGCCCAUCUGCAUGCCCUGUCCGGAAGUCACCAAAUUGUGGCACGAUGCUGAUGGCGUCGUCGGCAAGACACUUCGGAAGUUUGCCCGCGCCAUCAACAACACGCUAGCAUUCGCCUCGCAAAAGGUCAAGCGGCCGAACAAUCUUCCGGGCUCAAGCACGUGGAGUCCGACCGUCGUGAUCCAGGGCAGAGUCCACCACUUCAUCGGGUCCCUCGCUCCGAAUGACAACCAGUCGAAACAAUUCGUUCAGACGUACAUCAAUGACCCGUCCAUGAGCGAAUGCCAACAGAUCGACUAUCGAAUGGGCGCGAUCUACCUGCCAGCCGAUACGUCUCAAGCCGAGAAGGAACGUGUCCGUGAAUGCCUCGAGAUCAUGCAAAAGGCGAUCACCGAGCACAACCCGUACGUCCAAGACUUUGUCAAGGCCUACGAGCGUACGGGCGGCAACGAGACCAAGGCCAAGAUUGUCAUCAACGCCGACGCUCGUCCUCCGCCCCCUCCCGGCGACGGUCCUGCUACCUCGCACCCUCGGAGGUACAACGCGCCCAGUGACAAAACCUACGGCCGCCAAGAUUACGCCGAGGUGGCUGUUCUCAAGCCCGACGCCGAUGAGAAUGGCCGAGAUAUCGUGGUCAAGAUGCGGGGGGGCGCGCUCAAGACAAUCAACGAGACACAUCGAGGGUACGACCCACUUCACUUCGUCAUCCUCCAUCCAGCUGGCGACGACGGAUGGAAGAUCGGGAUGACCAAGACUGGCAGCAAGCAGUCCAUCAGUCCCUGCGACUUCUACGCCUAUCGUGAGUACGUAUGCAGCGCCUUUGCAAAGGCGGAGCAUUGCAGGCUGCAAUGGCAGCGUCACAAUCAGACAACUAUUCGGGCCGUGCUCUACCAAAACCUCGUCGACCAUGUCGCAGCGGGGGACGCUGGCAAGAAAAUCGGCAAGCGUGUCGUUCUCAGCAGCAGCUUCGUCGGCGGCAAUCGAGAUCUGCACCGACGCUAUCAAGAUGCGAUGGCGGUCGUUCGCGCGCACGGUAAACCAUCCUUCUUCAUCACGUUCACGUGCAAUCCUAACUGGCCCGAGAUUGUCAACUCCCUCCCCAAGGGGCUGAAGGCGUGCGAUCGACCAGACAUUGCCAUACGGGCGGCGGGUGAUGUGUGCGGGCCGUCGACAUCGGCCGUCGAGACGGGCAACUCUCUCGAGGCGGGCAACUCUUCCGACGAGGACGCCUCUCACUGCGAGACGCUCGGGGCCGACGACUCCUCCGAUGCGUCCUACACCGACGGCGACUCCUCCAGCAUCGACUCCGAUGUCGGCGGCGCCUCCGACGAGGACAGCGACGCGUCUUGGUUGCCCUCCGACUAG